UCGACAGAGUGGUGUGAUCAACCGAAGCAUCUUCUGAGGGUAUUGUGGAUGGGGAGGUUGGAGUGAGUUCGUCAGUAGGCCGUGUGAAGAUCUGGAAUCGAGUCUCCGCAAGAAUCAAAAUGGCGGCUGCUUGGCGUUCAAACCUUGGUAAACAUGUCAGAGAAAUCCGUAUUCACUUGUGUCAGAAGUCCCAGAGUAGUCAAGGUGUAAGGGACUUCUUGGAGAAAUACUACAUUGGCAUCAAGAAAGAGAACCCAAAAGUUCCCAUCUUGGUUCGUGAAUGUAGUGGAAUUCAACCAAAGAUGUACGCAAGAUAUGAUCAUGGAAAGGAAAACUCUGUCCAACUGAACAAUAUGAGCGGGGAUUCAGUCCUCCAAGCUAUGGAGAAGCUUGUUACAUCAGGAUCACUGUGAAAUGUGGAAUAUUUUUGAGUGAUGCCAUAACAUUAUCAAUUGCAGGAAAGGACAGGAAAUUUUUAUUUCUUCAGCGAGCCUUUGAAGUUCCUUGAAAAUACCUGUAAAUUUGUUUUGUCAUCUUUAGUCUCUGUGGUGUUGCGAUGUAAUUGAGGUAUCAAUGGAUGUCUGAGAACAAAUUAUUAAAGAUUCAAAUUUGUUUA